UCUUCGUGAGUGCGUCAUGCGGACGAUUCGACGUGAUUUCACGAAUAUGUUUAAGUGAUUAUAGAAUGGUGUGCGGAAAUACAGCACGUGUAGUUUCGUGACACGAUGAGGUGAUAAACCGUGUUGUGCAGCGCGGUAUCUUGGAGCGUCUUUGGAAGGUGACGAUGUGGGCGAUUUUAUUAUUGUUGGUCUCCACGUGGUCUUCGUCAUGGGGUCAAGUGAUAAACAGGGCGCCCCACUUUAUCCAAGGUGGAGACAUGGCCAGGUUGGCUGUGUCAGAAGGUACACCGCCUGAUGUCCCCGUUUAUACUCUCCGUGGAGAGGAUCCUGAAGAAUCUAGAUUGCACUACUCUAUCAGCGGCGAAUACUUCACCGUGAACAGGGAGACCGGAGUGGUAAUCCUGAGAAAAGCCUUAGAUAGAGAAACACAAGAUCUCAUCGAAGUCAUUAUUAGCAUAACAGACGAAGGUAUCGCUGGAUCGGAACCUAACACGGUGUCUCUUCGUCGCGAAAUAGCGGUGCUCGACGAAAACGAUAAUCCACCGGUUUAUCACAACCGACCGUACGCAGCCAGGGUGCCGGAAAAUGCGCAAGUGGGUAGCUUGUUACCUCCUUCGGGCACGAUUAUUAUCACGGAUCGCGACGGUGGAGUGAACGCCGACGUUCACGUACAAUGCGUCUCGGCGUCGCGCGACGACGACGUCUGCGAGGUCUUCGACAUCUCCACGGAGAAGAUUGCUGAAGGAGAAUACGACGUGCUGAUCACGUUAGCGAAACCGUUAGAUUACGAGAGGAGAAAUUCUUAUUUGAUUAAUUUGCUGGCUGUCGACGGAGCCAGCGAUCCGUCGAAGAGGUUGCAGGCCAGAGCGACCGUUGCCGUUGACGUUCUCGACGUUCAGGAUCAGCCACCUGUUUUCCUGAACGCGCCUUACAGUGCGGCACUUCCGGAGAACACCGCAGCUAGUCACACGGUUUUAAUGGUGAGAGCACGUGACGGUGAUACCGGUGAAUCGAGAAAUCUGUUAUUGACGCUGGAAGACGAUGAUGCGGGGCACUUCGAUCUUGAGAUGUCUCACGAUGGUGAUGUCACGGUUGGCAGAUUGGUCACAACCAAUGUGUCCCUCGACCGUGAAGAUCCCAGGAUUCUGCAAAAUGGCGGCAUUUACACCUUCCAAGUUAAAGCCACCGAGCUGAUCAACAAUGAAAUACCAGCCGAUACCGCGACAUCAAUUGUGACAAUUGUCGUCACGGACGUGGAUGACCUCGAGCCCGUUUUCAACGAGGAUUACUUCAGUAUCAAGAUUUCAGAGGACAUCGGAAAGAACACUCCUCUACCAGGUCUAAAUAUGAUUGUGAGCGAUGGCGACGUGGGUGACAACGCGAAAUAUUUUCUGGCGUUGCGAGACGUACCUCGAUAUCCUGGAAUUAGCAAAGCAUUCACUGUCAGUCCUGAAGAAGCUCAGGGUAGAGUACCGGUGGUAAUUAAAGCCAAAGAUGUCAAUGUUCUCGAUUACGAUGUUGAUGAUCCCACAAAGAGAGAAAUUGAGUUUGACGUCAUUGCGACUGUAGCGAGUGAAGUGGUGGCAACCUGUAGAGUGCAUAUCCAGCUGUUAGACGCCAACGAUCACAGCCCCGAAUUCUCUCAAUCGAUGUAUAAACUAUCGAUCCUGGAAGACGCAGAACCCGGCACUCGCUUUGGCGAUGUUUAUGCAAAGGAUUACGACAGCGGCUCUUUCGGCAAGCUAACAUAUACUCUGCGUGGUUUCGGCGCAGACAAGUUCAAGACCGAUUCGCAAAAGGGUGGGAUAUUUGUGGCGAAUAAAUUGGACUAUGAAGCACAAAAAUCUUAUUCCUUGACGAUGGAGGCGACGGACGGUGGCGGCCGAGUGUCCGCUGUUAAUAUUCUCAUUGAACUUGACGAUGUUAAUGAUAAUAAACCAACGUUCGAACAGCCGGAAUAUUCCAGGACCGUUCGCGAAGGUGCUACCAGCUUUGAUCCGCAAAUGUUUGUCAGGGCGACCGACAUCGACGGACCAAUGCAAGGCAAUGGAAAAGUCGUGUAUUCGAUUAGCCGGCAUAAUAGUGUGACAGACGACGUCUUCAAGAUUAAUCCAGACUCAGGAGAAAUAACCAUGUCGAAACCGGUUCGUUCUGGAGACACUGAAAGGGGCAUUUAUGAAUUAAUCAUUCGUGCGACUGAUACUGGCAUACCACCACUAUAUUCCGACGCAAAGCUUUUAGUUCGCGUCGGUGUUCCGGGAAAUCAAAAACCUAUUUUCCGAGGAAACUAUAAAUCGAAUUUACCAGGACCCAGUACUUAUCGGGCGAGACUUUUAGAAAACGCAUCUCCAGGAACAGAAGUAAUUCGGGUGGUCGCCAAUGAUCCCGACGGAAGAGACAACUUGCUUCAGUAUUACAUCGCGUCCGGUUCUAAGGAUAAUUUUGUUAUUGAUUCCAGUUCUGGUAUCAUAACUGUGUCACCUGACGCUCGCUUGGAUCUGGAGACUGGUGGUGAAAAAUACGAGGUGAUUGUGUACGCUGUUGAUUCAGGUACACCUGUCAAGGAGACAGCUACCACUACCGUCACAGUGAACAUUAUAGAUGUAAAUAAUAAGUCACCAACAUUUAAUGAAUCAACGUACAUAGUUCAUGUCUCGGAACGCGCAGCCAUUGGUGAACUCGUAUUGAAAGCGGUAGCGAAUGAUCCUGACGCAGACGCAUAUCUGGAAUAUUCUCUAGUGGAACCAAUAAAAGCUGUCGACAAGACCGGUGUGGCUUUGAAAAAUACUGCUUCUUAUGAUUACAAAACAGCAUUUCGAAUAAAUUCCACGACCGGUGCAAUAACCGUUAACCGAGUGCUAGAUUAUCAAGUGGCCGCUGUCGUAAUACUAACAGUGCAGGCAAAAGAUUUAAACGCUGUCGUUGACAGGGACGGACAGAUAGCGAAAGUAGAAGUGAUAAUUUACAUCCAAGCUUACAGCGACGAUAAUCCGACGUUUACCAAUUCUGGAUGGUCACCAAACAAUCCAACGAUAAAGAUCACUGUUCCGGAAGAACAACCCCUGGGUACGACGUUGUUGAUGCUGUCGGCGAAAGAGCCAACGACGGGAUAUCUGGUACAGAGGUUUGAAUUGGUGAGAGAGGACGAUGACGAAGGCUACGUUAAUGUGGGUGUUCAGAGCGGCAAUGUAGUGCUGAGUAAGAGACUAGAUUACGAAGUGCUGAAUCAGAAGUUUAUUCGCUUUAAAGUACGAGCACUUGCUAGAGAUUAUGAUAUAACGCGAAAAAUGUCGGAGGCCAACGUAAUCGUCGAAAUUCACGAUAUCAACGACAAUAUUCCUGUUUUUGGGCAGAAGGAUUAUAAAAUCUCUGUCUUGGAAUCAGCUAAACCCUCGAAAAUUGUGUUGAAUGUACAGGCAUUGGAUAUGGAUAGCUCUAAAACUGAACAGGAAGUCCAAAGAGGAUAUGGCGAAGUGAGAUACUCCUUGACGGGAGAAAAUGCUAAUCUCUUUGAAGUGGACCCCAUAAUGGGCAACAUCCAGAUCGCCGCAAACACGACUCUCGACAGAGAAAAACAAUCGGUGUUGCGUUUUUAUGUCGUGGCAUCAGACAUGCCCCAAGGUGGUGCUGAGCAACGGAGUAGUCGAGUCUUAGUGACGAUCGACGUUCUCGAUGUUAACGAUAACACUCCUAGCUUCGAACAGGAAUCUUAUACCGCGGUUAUUCCGGAGAAUGCACCUGUGGGAAUCAGUGUGGUGAACAUCACGGCUACCGACCCGGAUGAAGACGAAGGCGGGUCGAUCAACUUUGAGAUUAUCGACGAAGGUGAAGCUAAUGGAUUGUUUAAAAUAAAUCACACGACGGGCGAGAUAUAUUCGGCGCGAGCAUUGACUGGCAAAGGCAGGACCGAACCGUACAAUAUGCGAGUGCGAGCGCAGGACAAUGGCGAGCCAGCUUUGUAUUCGGAUGUGAAUCUUAUCUUGUACAUUGGUGACGUAGUGAGCAACGACGGCGUGCCACUGUUCAUCAGGCCGACGUUGGAGGAGGUAGCCUACAUCGCGGAGAACUCUACCGUUGGUAGUCCGGUGUUCCAAGUGGUAGCAUCCGAUCCAGACGACCCGAAUUUGCCAAAUGGCAGAAUCACCUUCCGUUUUCUGGAGGACGGUAAUUUUGGCAAAGAUGCGAGUGCCUUCAGGAUUAACAGCGAUACCGGAUUGAUUAGUACACGCAAGUUACUUGAUAGAGAGACCAAAGACAGCUAUACGCUGAUCUUGGUAGCACAGGACCUUGGCGAGCCGCCGCAGCAGGCAACCAGGGUUCUCCAAGUGAUCGUGAAUGAUAUCGAUGAUCACAAACCGCACUUCAAACGCAGUCUAGACAGUCCGCCGAUCGAGCUGAACGUUCUGGAAGAAAUGCCGGUAGGUUCCAAAGUCGGCGUGAUCGAAGCGGUCGAUGAAGAUAUUAAUGAAAAUGGGAUGAUCGGUUACGAGAUUGUAUAUGGGAACGAGGCAGGGCUGUUUGUUGUGCAGCGUCUGGAAAAUAAUUCCGCGGUCAUCAAAUCGAACGGUCGUCUCGACCGGGAAACUGCCGAGUUUCACUUACUGACCGUGAAGUGUUUUAAGUAUUCUUCUAAGAAGUCGGACAUAGUGCCGAAACCAUACAACAAGCAGGAUCCUUCGGAGAGACAGAUACUUAUCAAGGUCCUGGAUAUCGAUGAUAAUAAACCGCACUUCAAGAAGGAUAACAUAACCCUGGGGGUUCGUUUGAAUGUGCCAAUCGAUACCAGUUUGAUCACAUUGGAGGCUUAUGACGCUGAUUCCAGCGCGUUACCUAUCAACUACAACAUGAGUAGAGUAUCUUUCACGUCUCUAGUUGAUUCUUCCAUGUCACAGAAGGAGAUACCGUCGCAACUGUCUUUGAAUGCGCGCACCGGCGAGCUCAGGACGACAGGCUCCAUGGCGGGAUACGCGGACGGUUUCAUGGAGAUGAUCAUGUCAGCGAAUAACUCAUUGAUGCCAGGAGGCGAGACUAACAUCACUGUGAGGAUCUUUCUGUUGCGCGAUCGCGACAUGCUGAAGUUUGUAUUCUCGAAGCCGCCAGUUGAAGUUAGAAAGACGUUGGAAGACUUCGAGAAGGCGGUUCAACAGGCUCUUUCACUGCCAAUCAGUGUCAACGUCUACGAUACGCAGUUUUAUUCGAAAGAAGACAACUCUCUGGACUUUUCGUCGACCAGCUCGUGCUUUCAGAUGGUCGGCAAGGAGUCUUACGAUUUGGACGAGAUGCGAUCGUUGUUGACUGAUCCGAGGAAUAAAGAGUUGAAGAAAGUAUAUAGAGCAUAUCAUGUGGAGAAGGUGCAGCAUUGUGCCGCCGUGGUAGCCCGCGCUGAUGCCUCCAUGACGCAGAUUUGGGUUCUAGCUAUUGCAGUCCUCGUCGGAAUCGCUACAAUCAUUUCCAGUUGUGCACUAUGUUGCAUGCAUGCCAAAUAUAAACGGCAAGUGAAACACGCGCGUUUGCGCGAUCAACCGCGACCACCUCUCAGUUAUGUCUCUUCCGGACCAGCUAUGGUCAGUUCUGGAUCGCAUACAACUUUGGGACCUGGUACGAUGGUCACGUUGGGUCCACAUGAAGGCCCAUACGAAUGGGGAGUCGACACAACUCUUUACCAUCCAAGUACGCUGGGUUCGAGAACGUAAAGAUUCAGGGCAAUAUUAGAGAAUGUCUCUAUAAAUUAUAUAAAUUUUUUCUUAGACGAAAUAUAUUUAGAAGUU